GCGAUCAGUACGUUUUGAGUUGUGCUUCGCGACGGUUGGUGAUCUUAAAAGUGCUCCGAACACGAACAGUGCCCGCAGUCUCUCGGUUUUGGUGAUUUUUUUUUGGCUCUGCAUCUGUAUCUGUAUCUGUAUCUCGAUCGGCUCCAACCCGCUGCAUCCGUGACUCUCUCCCCACCUACGAACGUGUGUGUGUGUGUGUGUGUCUGUGGGAGCAAGAGUGCUAAGCUUUUUGCUCACACGUCUAACAGUCGCUGGUGUGUGCGUGUGUUGGUGCCUUAACUUGAACUAUGGCUCGCCUGUUCGUGUGCGUCUAAUAAAUAUAUAUUUAAAAAUAAGUAUUUCGACAUUCCGCCGUGGAAAUUAUGUGACACACCAGUCCAGAUCCCAAAACAACCACGUCCCAUUCAUUCGCGCAAUAUUAUUAAAAAGCCAUCCGAGUGCCAAAAGCAACGAAGCGAGCAAUAAUUGUGAUUAAUAACAACGAAACAAACGAAUACGGACCGCAAAUUAGCCCCAUAAGGCCACUCAAAUAGCAAUAGUCCAGCCAGGUGCAUUAUUCACGGCUCCCAAUUGGUGAUUACCUCAUCUGUGUCAGCGCUCCGCCAGCAAAAUGGUAUCAAAAAGCAAUAAAAAGAAACAAGUGUCUCAGCAGCGGGCGUCGACGUCGCAGUCGCACUCGCCGCCAGCCACCUCGACCACAACAACAACGUCGUCGGCCGAGGCCACGAAGCUUACCAAAAAACUGGGUCCCGAUGCGUUCGCCACUCUGACCACCAGCAACAGCUCCACUUCCAUGCAGCACGAGUCGGUGUCGUAUGGUGAGCCUGUGGCCAGCACAUCGGCUGCUUCCCUUCCAGCGGCCGGAGUCAGGAGCUAUAGCAGCCGGAGCCAGAGCCUGAGCAAGAGCAUGGCCUCCCAGUCCCAGCAUUCCUCCUCCUACACAGAGCAUUCGCAAUCUCAGUCCCAGCUGCAGUCGCAGUCCCAGUCGGAGUCGCAGUACAGCAGCAAGAUCUCUCGGGAUUAUGCCAACGAGAAGGUCAUCUCCUCGAUCGAUCUGCUUGAAAGUGAAAAGAAAGAGCCAGUAUUCUCGGUGCCCAUUGAGGUGGUGGAAAUCACAACACCUACGCUAUCCGUCUCCGCCAGCGGGGGCAGUGUCUCGAAAAUGUUCACGUCCUCAUCGAUGUCUUCCAGCCAACAGCAGCAGCAAGCCAGUAGCUCCAGCUCGUACUUCCAAGCCACAACCAGUUCCAGCCGGAGCGCCAACGAAACGCUGAUUGCGAGUGAGAGAGCCGAUACGGCUACCGGUAUGACAUCAUCCGGGCCGCGGAAACAGGUUGGCUUCGAUACAGACACCAAGACAGUGACAAAUACCAGCAGCAGCAGCAACAUCAGCACCAGCACGAAAACAAACACAAAAAUAAACAUCAGCGGCAACAGCACUUUGAGCGAAUCUCAGAGCGUGCCAAAGCUGCCGACGAGCGGAACAGCUGAUGGUCCCGCAUCGGUGACGUUGCAAGGCUACCCCGAACCGGUUGCCGCGUCGUCUGGCGCGACCACAACAAAGGCGACGUCAUCGGUGCGACGCAACGAUGAACUGCAAACGGCGAGCACGGGCACAGCUGUUGAUAGAGCUACGUCAUCGUCAGUGGUCGACCAGCAUAGAUCUAGCAAAGAGGUCAGCGAGAGUUCCGUUCUCAAAAGCUCUAGCAGCAGUAAGCAAUCAAAGACUUCGUCAAAAAAAGAGGUCUACGACGUGAAGACCAAGACGUGGACGGAGUACAGCGAUGGCAGCUCCCAAGGACCCAGCAAGACACGGCCCACAUUCGAGCGGUAUGUCAGCAAGGAAUCCGACGGCAGCUCCAAAGUGACGUACAAGAAGAAGAUAUACGACAGACGCAAUAAUCGGUGGCGCGUGGUGGAUGAACGGACGGUGGACAGUACCGCCGACACGGGCUAUCCCGAAAUAGUCGAUGAUGUCAUUAAUACAACAAGAACCACAUACACCACCAAGGUGUAUGACACGAAGCUCGGCAAGUGGACUGUUGUGGACGAAAAGUCGUUCACUGAUACGAAAGCUUUCGUGCCCAAUGACAUUGCUCGUGAAAUCGAGAAAGAUAAUACCGAUGUUGCAAACAUAACGACUACAACGGAGGUAACAAAGAUUUUUGAUGCGAGCAUCAACGACUGGCGCGUUUUGGACGAAAAGGUGCACACAGAUGUCAUCGAGAAGAUCGUAGAGGCUCCCAAGAAGACCAUCUACGUGGACGAGUUUGUGGAGAUUGAAAAAAACACCUCGAUUUUGGAAAACAAUGAAAACAUUACUCUGAACUUAAAUGAGACAUCGAAACACAAAAAUAUUACCGAAAAUAUUUAUGAUGAAAUCGAUUAUGUGCGCACUGAUAAGAAACGCUUAGACGACUCAAAAACCCGAGGAGUUGCAAGGAACAAGUCAACAUCACAUAGUGAAAGGUGCAUCUGUGAAAUCUGCACAUGCGGGCGACAUCAUUGCUCAAGCAGUACAACGAAAUCUUCAGAGAAAUCGAUCAUUCAAACCGAUGAUACCGUAGACGAAGCAUAUACUAGGAUUCGUACAAAUACAUGGUCGAAAAAAGAAAAUGAAAACAUUCCCAAGCAAAACGAAGACAUUCUCGUGGACUACAUAGUAAUAAAGAAACCAGAAGACAAUUUAAGACCUGAAGGAGAGUUUACGAUUCCACAAAAAGAGCCAUACAAGCCGGGACAAAAACGUGAGAAAAUUGUGCAUAGCGACAAUCUUCGAACGGAGGGAGAAAUGACUUUUGUAGAGAGAGAGGAAUAUCAGUAUACUGUCCGUCCUGGGUAUGUGAAGCCCACAGACAAUCUUAAGUCUGAAGGCGAAUUCUAUACUCCAGAAAAACCGAUAUAUCAACCGGGUGAUAGGCCUACUCAAGUAAGACAUCAUGACAACCUUAGGCCAGAAGGUGACUUCUAUACUCCUGAAAAACCGGGCUAUAUCCCAGCUGACCGCGUAACGCAAAAGAAACCCGUUGAUAACCUUAAGCCGGAAGGGGAGUUUUCUUCUCCAGAAAAACAAACCUACCGACCUGCCGAAAAACCAGAAAAAAUAAUACGCAGUGAUAACUUGCGGACAGAAGGAGAAAUGACGUUUGUGGAGAGAGAAGAAUAUCAAUAUGUAACACGACCGGGACAAGUCAAGCCAACGGAUAACUUAAGACCUGAAGGUGAAUUUUAUAGUCCUGAGAAACCGAAAUAUCUCCCAGGCGACCGUCCAUCUCAAGUUCGUCCUGUUGACAAUCUGAAAACCGAAGGUGAUUUCUAUACUCCCGAACAACCAGGAUUUCAGCCUGCAGAGCGACCAGUUCAAAAGAAGCCUGAGGACAAUCUUAGGCCAGAAGGAGAAUUCGCUAAGCCUGAGAAGCAAGUUUACAAACCGGCUGAUAAAACUGAAAUAAUUAUUCGGAAAGAUAAUCUUCGCACGGAAGGAGAAAUGACGUUUGUCGAGAGGGAAGAGUAUCAGUAUGUUAUGCGUCCUGACCAAGUAAAACCAACGGAUAAUCUUAAGCCUGAAGGAGAAUUUUACAGUCCCGAUAGGCCCAAAUUCCGCCCUGGGGAAAGACCUUCUCAAAUAAGACCAGAAGACAACCUGAGACCUGAGGGUGAUUUUUAUGCUCCGGUAAAACCUGGAUUCACGCCCGCUGAUAGACCUGUACAGAAAAAACCAAAUGAUAACUUAAGACCCGAGGGUGAAUUUUAUAGUCCAGAAAAACCAAAAUACAGACCGGGAGAAAGACCAUCCCAAGUCAGACCUGAAGAUAAUCUCCGACCUGAGGGUGAGUUCUAUACACCAGAUAAGCCAGGAUACCGACCCGCUGAGAGGCCCGUGCAAAAGAAGCCAGAGGACAACCUGAAACCUGAAGGAGAUUUUUACAGUCCUGAGAAGUCGAUGUACACACCGGGCGAAAGACCCUCCCAAGUCAGGCCAGAGGAUAAUCUCAGACCAGAGGGUGACUUCUACACGCCGGAGAAGCCAGGUUUCCGACCUGCUGAGAGGCCUGUUCAGAAGAAGCCAGAGGACAACCUAAAACCCGAAGGAGAAUUCUACAGUCCCGAGAAACCUAGGUAUAAGCCAGGUGAAAGACCUUCUCAAGUCAGACCAGAGGAUAAUCUUAAGCCAGAGGGUGAGUUCUACACGCCGGAGAAGCCGGGCUUCCGACCCGCGGAAAGGCCUGUUCAAAAGAAACCGCAGGAUAACCUCAAGCCUGAGGGCGAAUUUGUCAAGCCUGAGAAACAAGUUUACAAGCCGGCCGAGAAAACUGAAAAAAUUAUUCGAAAAGAUAAUCUUCGCACGGAGGGAGAAAUGACUUUUGUCGAGAGGGAAGAGUAUCAGUAUGUUGUGCGACCUGACCAAGUUAAACCAACGGACAACCUUAAGCCUGAAGGAGAAUUCUACAGUCCUGACAAGCCGAAAUACAAACCAGGCGAAAGACCAUCUCAAGUCAGACCGGAGGAUAAUCUUAGGCCAGAGGGUGAGUUCUACACACCGGAGAAGACGGGUUUCCGACCUGCAGAAAGGCCUGUCCAAAAGAAGCCGCAGGAUAACCUCAAGCCUGAGGGCGAAUUUGUCAAGCCUGAGAAACAAGUUUACAAGCCGGCCGAGAAAACUGAAAAAAUUAUUCGAAAAGAUAAUCUUCGUACUGAAGGAGAAAUGACUUUUGUCGAGAGGGAAGAGUAUCAGUAUGUUGUGCGUCCUGACCAAGUUAAACCGACGGACAACCUUAAGCCUGAAGGAGAAUUCUACAGUCCUGACAAGCCGAAAUACAAACCAGGCGAAAGACCUUCUCAAGUCAGGCCAGAGGAUAAUCUCAGGCCAGAGGGUGAGUUCUACACACCGGAAAAGCCAGGUUUCCGACCCGCUGAGAGGCCUAUUCAGAAGAAGCCAGAAGACAACCUUAAACCUGAAGGAGAAUUCUACAGUCCUGACAAGCCGAAGUACAAACCAGGCGAAAGACCAUCUCAAGUCAGACCAGAGGAUAAUCUUAGGCCGGAGGGUGAGUUCUACACACCGGAAAAGCCAGGUUUCCGACCUGCUGAGAGGCCUGUUCAGAAGAAGCCAGAAGACAACCUUAAACCUGAAGGAGAAUUCUACAGUCCUGAAAAACCGAAAUACAAACCAGGCGAAAGACCUUCGCAAGUCAGACCGGAGGAUAAUCUCAGGCCAGAGGGUGAGUUCUACACACCGGAGAAGCCAGGUUUCCGACCCGCUGAGAGGCCUGUUCAGAAGAAGCCUGAAGACAACCUAAAACCUGAAGGAGAAUUCUACAGUCCUGAAAAACCGAAAUACAAACCAGGCGAAAGACCAUCUCAAGUCAGACCGGAGGAUAAUCUUAGGCCAGAGGGUGAGUUCUACACACCGGAAAAGCCAGGUUUCCGACCCGCUGAGAGGCCUGUCCAAAAGAAGCCGCAGGAUAACCUCAAGCCUGAGGGCGAAUUUGUCAAGCCUGAGAAACAAGUUUACAAGCCGGCCGAGAAAACUGAAAGAAUUAUUCGAAAAGAUAAUCUUCGUACUGAGGGAGAAAUGACUUUUGUCGAGAGGGAAGAGUAUCAGUAUGUUGUGCGUCCUGACCAAGUUAAACCGACGGACAACCUUAAGCCUGAAGGAGAAUUCUACAGUCCUGACAAGCCGAAGUACAAACCAGGCGAAAGACCUUCUCAAGUCAAACCGGAGGACAAUCUCAGGCCAGAGGGUGAGUUCUACACACCGGAAAAGCCAGGUUUCCGACCCGCUGAGAGGCCUAUUCUGAAGAAGCCAGAAGACAACCUUAAACCUGAAGGAGAAUUCUACAGUCCUGACAAGCCGAAGUACAAACCAGGCGAAAGACCUUCUCAAGUCAGGCCAGAGGAUAAUCUCAGGCCAGAGGGUGAGUUCUACACACCGGAAAAGCCAGGUUUCCGACCCGCUGAGAGGCCUAUUCAGAAGAAGCCAGAAGACAACCUUAAACCUGAAGGAGAAUUCUACAGUCCUGACAAGCCGAAGUACAAACCAGGCGAAAGACCAUCUCAAGUCAGACCAGAGGAUAAUCUUAGGCCGGAGGGUGAGUUCUACACACCGGAAAAGCCAGGUUUCCGACCUGCAGAGAGGCCUGUUCAGAAGAAGCCAGAAGACAACCUUAAACCUGAAGGAGAAUUCUACAGUCCUGAAAAACCGAAAUACAAACCAGGCGAAAGACCAUCUCAAGUCAGACCAGAGGAUAAUCUCAGGCCAGAGGGUGAGUUCUACACACCGGAAAAGCCAGGUUUCCGACCCGCUGAGAGGCCUGUCCAAAAGAAGCCGCAGGAUAACCUCAAGCCUGAGGGCGAAUUUGUCAAGCCUGAGAAACAAGUUUACACGCCGGCCGAAAAAACUGAAAAAAUUAUUCGAAAAGAUAAUCUUCGUACUGAGGGAGAAAUGACUUUUGUCGAGAGGGAAGAGUAUCAGUAUGUUGUGCGUCCUGACCAAGUUAAACCAACGGACAACCUUAAGCCUGAAGGAGAAUUCUACAGUCCUGACAAGCCGAAAUACAAACCAGGCGAAAGACCUUCGCAAGUCAAACCGGAGGACAAUCUCAGGCCAGAGGGUGAGUUCUACACACCGGAAAAGCCAGGUUUCCGACCCGCUGAGAGGCCUAUUCAGAAGAAGCCAGAAGACAACCUUAAACCUGAAGGAGAAUUCUACAGUCCUGAAAAACCGAAAUACAAACCAGGUGAAAGACCUUCGCAAGUCAGACCGGAGGAUAAUCUCAGGCCAGAGGGUGAGUUCUACACACCGGAGAAGCCGGGUUUCCGACCUGCAGAAAGGCCUGUCCAAAAGAAGCCGCAGGAUAACCUCAAGCCUGAGGGCGAAUUUGUCAAGCCUGAGAAACAAGUUUACACGCCGGCCGAAAAAACUGAAAAAAUUAUUCGAAAAGAUAAUCUUCGUACUGAGGGAGAAAUGACUUUUGUCGAGAGGGAAGAGUAUCAGUAUGUUGUGCGUCCUGACCAAGUUAAACCAACGGACAACCUUAAGCCUGAAGGAGAAUUCUACAGUCCUGACAAGCCGAAGUACAAACCUGGCGAAAGACCAUCUCAAGUCAGGCCAGAGGAUAAUCUCAGGCCAGAGGGUGAGUUCUACACACCGGAGAAGCCAGGUUUCCGACCCGCUGAGAGGCCUGUUCAGAAGAAGCCAGAAGACAACCUUAAACCUGAAGGAGAAUUCUACAGUCCUGACAAGCCGAAGUACAAACCUGGCGAAAGACCAUCUCAAGUUAGACCGGAGGAUAAUCUUAGGCCAGAGGGUGAGUUCUACACACCGGAAAAGCCAGGUUUCCGACCCGCUGAGAGGCCUGUCCAAAAGAAGCCGCAGGAUAACCUCAAGCCUGAGGGCGAAUUUGUCAAGCCUGAGAAACAAGUUUACAAGCCGGCCGAGAAAACUGAAAAAAUUAUUCGAAAAGAUAAUCUUCGUACUGAGGGAGAAAUGACUUUUGUCGAGAGGGAAGAGUAUCAGUAUGUUGUGCGUCCUGACCAAGUUAAACCAACGGACAACCUUAAGCCUGAAGGAGAAUUCUACAGUCCUGACAAGCCGAAGUACAAACCUGGCGAAAGACCAUCUCAAGUCAGGCCAGAGGAUAAUCUCAGGCCAGAGGGUGAGUUCUACACACCGGAGAAGCCGGGUUUCCGACCCGCUGAGAGGCCUGUUCAGAAGAAGCCAGAAGACAACCUUAAACCUGAAGGGGAAUUCUACAGUCCUGACAAGCCGAAGUACAAACCAGGCGAAAGACCAUCUCAAGUCAGGCCAGAGGAUAAUCUCAGGCCAGAGGGUGAGUUCUACACACCGGAGAAGCCAGGUUUCCGACCCGCUGAGAGGCCUGUUCAGAAGAAGCCUGAAGACAACCUAAAACCUGAAGGAGAAUUCUAUAGUCCUGAAAAACCGAAAUACAAACCAGGCGAAAGACCUUCGCAAGUCAGACCGGAGGAUAAUCUCAGGCCAGAGGGUGAGUUCUACACACCGGAGAAGCCAGGUUUCCGACCCGCUGAGAGGCCUGUUCAGAAGAAGCCAAAAGACAACCUUAAACCUGAAGGGGAAUUCUACAGUCCUGACAAGCCGAAGUACAAACCAGGCGAAAGACCAUCUCAAGUCAGGCCAGAGGAUAAUCUCAGGCCAGAGGGUGAGUUCUACACACCGGAGAAGCCAGGUUUCCGACCCGCUGAGAGGCCUGUUCAGAAGAAGCCAGAAGACAACCUUAAACCUGAAGGAGAAUUCUACAGUCCUGACAAGCCGAAGUACAAACCUGGCGAAAGACCAUCUCAAGUCAGACCGGAGGAUAAUCUUAGGCCAGAGGGUGAGUUCUACACACCGGAAAAGCCAGGUUUCCGACCCGCUGAGAGGCCUGUCCAAAAGAAGCCGCAGGAUAACCUCAAGCCUGAGGGCGAAUUUGUCAAGCCUGAGAAACAAGUUUACAAGCCGGCCGAGAAAACUGAAAAAAUUAUUCGAAAAGAUAAUCUUCGUACUGAGGGAGAAAUGACUUUUGUCGAGAGGGAAGAGUAUCAGUAUGUUGUGCGUCCUGACCAAGUUAAACCAACGGACAACCUUAAGCCUGAAGGAGAAUUCUACAGUCCUGACAAGCCGAAGUACAAACCUGGCGAAAGACCAUCUCAAGUCAGGCCAGAGGAUAAUCUCAGGCCAGAGGGUAAGUUCUACACACCGGAAAAGCCGGGUUUCCGACCCGCUGAAAGGCCUGUUCAGAAGAAGCCAGAAGACAACCUUAAAUCUGAAGGGGAAUUCUACAGUCCUGACAAGCCGAAAUACAAACCAGGCGAAAGACCAUCUCAAGUCAGGCCAGAGGAUAAUCUCAGGCCAGAGGGUGAGUUCUACACUCCGGAGAAGCCAGGUUUCCGACCGGCUGAGAGGCCUGUUCAGAAGAAGCCUGAAGACAACCUAAAACCUGAAGGAGAAUUCUACAGUCCUGAAAAACCGAAAUACAAACCAGGCGAAAGACCUUCGCAAGUCAGACCGGAGGAUAAUCUCAGGCCAGAGGGUGAGUUCUACACACCGGAGAAGCCGGGCUUCCGACCUGCAGAAAGGCCUGUCCAAAAGAAGCCGCAGGAUAACCUCAAGCCUGAGGGCGAAUUUGUCAAGCCUGAGAAACAAGUUUACAAGCCGGGCGAGAAAACUGAAAAAAUUAUUCGAAAAGAUAAUCUUCGUACUGAGGGAGAAAUGACUUUUGUCGAGAGGGAAGAGUAUCAGUAUGUUGUGCGUCCUGACCAAGUUAAACCAACGGACAACCUUAAGCCUGAAGGAGAAUUCUACAGUCCUGACAAGCCGAAAUACAAACCAGGCGAAAGACCAUCUCAAGUCAGGCCAGAGGAUAAUCUCAGGCCAGAGGGUGAGUUCUACACACCGGAGAAGCCAGGGUUCCGACCCGCUGAGAGACCCAUUCAGAAAAAGCCGCAGGAUAACCUCAAGACUGAAGGCGAAUUUGUCAAGCCUGAGAAACAAGUUUACAAGCCAGCCGAAAAAACUGAAAAAAUUAUUCGAAAAGAUAAUCUUCGCACGGAGGGUGAAAUGACUUUUGUCGAGAGGGAAGAGUAUCAGUAUGUUGUGCGUCCUGACCAAGUUAAACCAACGGACAACCUUAAGCCUGAAGGAGAAUUCUACAGUCCUGACAAGCCGAAGUACAAACCAGGCGAAAGACCAUCUCAAGUCAGACCAGAGGAUAAUCUUAGGCCAGAGGGUGAGUUCUACACACCGGAGAAGCCAGGUUUCCGACCCGCUGAGAGGCCUGUUCAGAAGAAGCCAGAAGACAAUCUUAAACCAGAAGGAGAUUUCUACAGUCCUGAAAAACCGAAAUACAAACCAGGCGAAAGACCUUCUCAAGUCAGGCCAGAGGAUAAUCUAAGAUCAGAGGGUGAGUUCUACACACCGGAGAAACCAGGUUUCCGACCCGCUGAAAGGCCUGUUCAGAAGAAGCCAGAAGACAACCUGAAACCCGAGGGAGAAUUCUACAGUCCAGAGAAGCCGAGGUACAAGCCAGGCGAAAGACCUUCUCAAGUCAGGCCAGAAGAUAACCUCAGACCAGAGGGUGAAUUCUACACACCCGAUAAACCAGAAUUCAAGCCGGCGGAGAGACCAGUUCAAAAGAAACCACAUGACAAUUUAAGGCCGGAAGGAGAGUUUUACAGUCCAGAAAGACAACCGUACAGGCCUGGAGAACGUCCAUCCCAAGUUCGACCUGAGGAUAAUUUGAGACCUGAAGGAAAUUUCUACGCUCCUGAAAAGCCAGGAUAUAGACCAGGAGAAAGACCAGUGCCGAAGAAGCCCGUUGAUAACCUUAAGCCAGAGGGACAGUUCGUUCAACCAGAAAAACAGGUUUAUAAACCUGCAGAAAAAACUGAGAGAAUCAUCCAAAAGGACAAUUUACGCACCGAAGGUGAAAUGACUUUUGUAGAUAAAAAAGAGUAUCAGUAUGUUGUUAGGCCAGAUCAAGUGAAACCAACUGACAACCUAAAGCCCGAAGGAGAGUUCUACAGUCCCGAUAAAUCAAAGUAUCAACCAGGUGAGCGGGUGACCGUUGUGAGGCAGAAGGAUAACUUAAAACUUGAGGGAGAGUUCUACGUCCAAGACAAACAAGAAUUCAAGCCUGCCGAAAGACCUAAACAGAAAAAGCCUAUUGACAAUUUGAAACCGGAGGGUGUGAUGGAUAUGCCAAAGAAGGUUACAUAUAAGCCUGCCGAUAAGGUUACAAGAGUUAUUCAUAAAGACAACCUUCGCAGUGAAGGAGAAAUGAUAUUUACAGAAAAAACUGAGUACCAGCACGUUAUAAGACCCUCUCCAGUAAAACCAGAAGAUAACUUAAAAACAACUGGGAAGUUUUACGUACCAGAAAAGGCAGUUCCUACGAACGGUGAACGCCCAGAGGCGGUUAGGCCUAAGGACAAUCUCAAGACGGAAGGAGUAAUGUACACCCCUGAUAAGCCGAAAUAUGAGCCAGCUUCCCGCCCAGAACAGAAGAAAUAUGUCGAUAACUUGAAACCGGAAGGUAAGAUGCACAUCCCAGAAAAAGAAGGGUUCCGGCCGGCGGAUAGAGUAAAGACUGUUAUUAGAAAAGACAAUUUAAAAAGCGAGGGUGAAAUGACUUUUACCCAGAAAGAGGAAUACCAUCAUGUUAAACGACCAGAGCAAGUGAAACCAAGCGAUAAUCUUAAAGUAGAAGGCGAAUUCUACACACCAGAUAAGACAACCUUUAGGCCUGCUGAACGACCAAUUCAAAAGAAACCUAAGGAUAACCUUAAACCAGAAGGUGAAUUUUAUAAGAGGACCGACCGAAGCGAAACCGAUAGCACGAUUGUUACAGAAACUAUGAAAAGAGAAACUCCAAAGCGUCCCGUCGACAAUCUAAAGCUGGAAGGGUCUAUGACUGUAACCAGAAAGGAUGACUAUAAAAAUACGGCCGACAAAACAACUGUCAAUAAAAUUCAACGCGUUCAAAAAAUCAACCACAACAGUUCAUCUAUUACUUUGGGUAGCGAUACUUCUAUCCUCAAAACGACCAAUCAAAUGAAUUAUGUAUCUGGAAAGGAUGCAGUUAAACAAGUUGAUUCCAACAGUCAAAACCCAGUUGACGGCUUAAUUGUUGUAUCCACAAAGAAGGUUACUACUGUGAUUGGAGGGCGCCACAAGAAAGAACCAGAAACGGAAUAUGUCAAGAGGCCAGCAAAGAUAAACGUAAUCGAAAAUGUUGCCAAGAAUACAACAACGACAAACAUCGAGAAUACCCAAAACAUUCACAAUGAAACCACAUCGUUGCAAAGAAACCACAAAACAAUCCAAAACUCUGAACUGACUACGGUAAAUAUAAGAGGAUCUGAUGUAUCCAGAAGCGAUAUUGAAACAAAUAAUAGACGUGUCACCGGAAAUAUCACGGGCGGCAUUAGAUCCCAAGUGGUAUUAGGUGAAACAAUUUCUGAUACUGUAGCUGGGGACUCUUCAUCGACUCGCGUAGUUGGCAGAAAUAUAACCAGCAACGUUACUGAUGAUUCGACCUCUCGUGUAAUCUCAGGAAGAAACGUUUCCAGCAACAUAGCGUGUGAAUCAACUACCCAUUUGGUUUCCGGAAGAUCUGUCUCCAAUAACAUAAUUGGUGGUACCGCAAACAGAGUGUUGUCCGGUAGCACUGUAGGACGCAACAAUACCGAAGGUUCAACGUCGCGGGUGGUUUCUGGAGGCCCAAGCUCCAGCAAUAAUAUUGUAACAGGAAGCUCAACCUCACACAUGAGCACUUCAAAGAACUUCCAUCACCGAAAAAGUGAGUUUUCCUCCGAAGCGGACGUCUCAAAUACGGUCUUCCAUCGCAAGAGCGUAACCAGCGAUUUAAAUACUGCCAAUGGCAGCCUGACCUCCAACGGAAAGAUGCAGCGUAAAAGUAUACUCAAUCUACACGAGCAACCAUCCAGUACCACCACCCAUGGCGGGGAGCGUCAAAGCUACAGCAGCAUCCAUCGCCAGAAUCGAGACUCUGACGCAAAUACUACCUAUACAAGCGAACGUCGAACCUGCAAUGUGCAUAAGGAAAACAGGGAACACAACGUGAAGAACUCAUCCUCUAUGUCCCGCAUAAUUUCUGGUGGGGGUACCGGGACCGAAAGCAGAUCGAAUGUCGAACGUUCAACGGUUACACGCACCCAAGUGUCGGGGGCUGGCAUCGAUUUUCCGUCUCAAUCUCACUCCCACGUCGGAAGCCAUGCGACCCGUCACCGUGGAAGUCAGCAUGUGUCCAGUUUAGGCGGCGGCAUCGAUUUCCCCUCCUACAGUGCUCACGGACAACACGAGCGAGUGGUCACCCGCCGUGGCAAUCAGUCCUCAAUUAGUCUGGGCAACGACAAAUUCACCAGCUCCAGUCUGUACAAGAGCGAAUACAUAACUGCCCCGAAAACGACCUGUGCUGUGCAUAAGAUUAAUCAAGGUGCAUUCCAACAUACCAGGAGUACUCAAGAACACAAGUUCUUUAAGACCUCAAACUAACAAAGCCACCCUACGAGAAUACAUAUAUUUUGCUUUACUAAUACACAUAUCCCAUAUUAAUAAUAAGCUAAGCUUCCAUGACAAUAUAUGUUUUAUACAAUAUACAAACCAAUCCGAAACUGAAGAUUAACAAUAAACACCAAUUUUUGAAUCGAA